CUCCUUCCAUCCUGGAGUUCUCACGAAAAUAGUCGUGGUAGUACGAGGUAUACGUACGAUUUCAUGUGUAUCUCCACGUAGAUCCAUCGAGCAGAAUGAUAAUAAUCACUUCCUAUAAUUUUGGGGUGCUGGGGAAUCCGGCAAGUCCACGAUAGUGAAGCAAAUGAAAAUUAUUCACGAGACCGGCUACAGUAAAGAGGAAUGUGAGCAAUAUACCCCAGUGGUGUACAGCAAUACAAUACAAAGUUUAAUGACGAUAAUCAGGGCCAUGGGGGACCUUAGAAUCGACUUUGCUGAACCCAGUAAAGCGGAUAUGGCGCGACAAUUUUUCACCCUAGCAUCGGCGGCGGAGGAGGGCGAGCUGACCGGGGAACUAGUGCUAUUAAUGAAGCGAUUAUGGCAGGACCCGGGACUACAGCUCUGUUUCUCGCGUAGCAGGGAAUAUCAGCUCAACGACUCGGCAGCGUACUACCUUAACGCACUUGACCGCAUAACGCAGCACAAUUACAUCCCGACGCAGCAGGAUGUUCUACGAACGCGCGUCAAAACCACCGGAAUCGUAGAGACGCAUUUCUCUUUCAAGGGGUUACACUUUAAAAUGUUCGAUGUUGGUGGCCAACGGUCUGAGAGAAAGAAGUGGAUACAUUGUUUCGAGGGUGUCACUGCGAUCAUUUUUUGUGUCGCUUUGAGCGGUUAUGACCUGGUGUUGGCGGAGGAUGAGGAGAUGAAUAGAAUGAUAGAAUCGAUGAAGCUGUUCGACUCGAUUUGUAAUAGCAAGUGGUUUGUUGAAACGUCGAUCAUACUGUUCCUGAAUAAAAAAGACCUGUUUGAAGAGAAGAUCACCAGGAGUCCGCUCACCAUCUGCUUUCCGGAGUACAAGGGCGCCAACACCUAUGAGGAGUGCUCCUCUUAUAUUCAGAUGAGGUUUGAGAAUCUGAACAAGAGGAAGGAGCAGAAGCAAAUCUACACGCAUUUUACGUGCGCUACAGACACGUCCAAUAUACAAUUUGUGUUCGACGCUGUGACCGAUGUAAUAAUCAAGAAUAACUUGAGUAAUUGUGGGUUACUGAGUUAAACAUUCCAAUAUUCGAUCAGCUAACUAUUGAAAGGAUGUAUUUUAACGUAUUUUAUAUUGACAAGUCGUUGAUCUCCACCGGAGAAUGUACGGGAGAACGACGAAGAGACUGAUCGAAAAUUUUAAGAGAGACGUAUCCGUAAACGAUUAUAAUUAUUAGUUAUGCGAGGAUUUUAUUUACAUACACAUUAGGCUCUUGGAAUAUUUUAUCAUCGUGUAACUCUUUAUUCGAUCCUACAGUUUUUAAUGAAAUAUUGUUUAUAAAAAAUUUUCAUAAAUUUAUCUGAAUUUCUAGUACGACUGUUACUGCUUAACUUAUUGAUUUUAUACUCGGCGAUUAGACAAUAAAAUAUUCUCGAAAUUACGAACAAAAUCUAUUUAUGAUAUUCGGGAGUCAAAUUUCAAGUUAGAAUAUUUUACGUUGUUGCCAAGAAUUUUUUUACGCACUGUUUAUGAAUAUCUAGAAAUUAUUUUUUGGAAAUCAAUACGUACAUUGAUUUGAUCAAAUAAUUAUAAUUUCAAAAGGAUUUUAAUUUCUUAUAGUGUUUAUCGUUCCUUAUGUUAAAUUCUUAUUAAUCUUUUUUUUGUAAAGACGACGAUACUUAUUUUCAAACAGUGUGAAGAAAAAAAGGGGACAAAAAUUAAAGGCGAUAAUGUAAAAUAUAUCGUUCACUUCCGAUUGAAAAGAUCAUGUUUCUUUAUUUCCGCUAAAUGUAUUUAACGUACUAACCAAGAACUAGAUAGCUAUUAAUUUAGUGAUAUCUCCUUGUAUAUAAUUUAUUAUGCUAAAAGCGAUUAUGUACUAAGUGACAACGCGUCUCUGCUCAUAUCUACUUGCAUUAUAAUGACAAAUAGAAAUUCAACGGACAUCGAACACAGCUCUCUGUGCUUCUUUUUUACAGUAUACAUAUAUUUAUCAAUUUGAGAGGAAAAUUUUUAUACAAGCUUCUCUUUUUAUAUAUAUACGUAUUAAUAAGUAAUAAAACCGCGAGAAAUGCCGACCUCAUUUCUCGAUUCGCCAAACGAAUCUAAUGAUAAAGUUAGUAUUAGUGCACAAGACAAAUCGAAAUCAAAUCUCUUUAUACAGCUUAGAUCAAUAAAUGAAAUCUUUUUUUUUUAA